AUGACGCCGCCCGCCGGCGUCGACGUCCCCCGCGCCCUCUGCGCAGCCGUCGUCAAAUUCUCCUUCCACCCAUACGCCCACCUCCUGGCAGCAGACGCAUCCCUCCUCGCCGCCGUCCUCGGCCGCCUCUCCUCGCUGCCCUCCGUCGCUCUCGCCUUCUUCCGGUCCCUGCCGCCUCCGCACCCGCUCGACGCCUCCCUCGCCCUCCUCCGCCUCCUCGCGCCGCACCCGCGCCACCACCCCGCCGCCCGCUCCCUUCUGCGCGACCUCUCCCUCCGCCACCCGCUCUCCUCCCCGCUCCUCCUCCCCUCCUUCCUCGCCGAGCCCCACCUACCGAGCUGGCUCCUCCACGCACUCUCCCACACCGCCCGCCCCCACGACGCCGUCCGGGUGUUCAACCAAAUGCGCGCGCGGGGCCUCGCCCCUGAUGCCCACGCCUGCACCGCUCUCCUCACGGCGCUCGCUAGGGCCCGGAUGACGGCCACCGCGCGAAAGGUGUUCGGCGAUAUGGCGCGGGCGGGUGUCAUCAUGAACACACACGUCUGCAACGCCAUGCUGCACGUGUGCCUCAAGGCCGGGGACGCCACGUGCGCCGAGGCACUCAUGACAAGGAUGGACGCGGCCGGCGUGCCGCUGGACCGCUUCUCGUUCAACACCAUGAUCGCGCUCUACGUCAGGAAGGGGAUGCAGUACGAGGCAAUGUGCGUGCGGGAGCGGAUGAGGAGCGAGGGCGUCGAGGCGGACACUGUGACCUGGAAUACCGUGAUCCACGGGAUGUGCAAGGAAGGGAGGGUGAAGGAGGCGGCCCAGCUCCACAGGGACAUGGUGGCAGAAGGGCUAAAGCCGGACACCGUGACGUACACCACGCUGGUUGACGGAUACUGCCGGGCAGGCGAUGUGGGGGAGGCGGUCAGGCUGCGAGGGGAGAUGGAGGCAAGGGGGAUGCUAUCCAGUGUCGCAACGUACAAUGCGAUUAUCAGGAAGCUCUGUGAGGAUGGCAAGAUGAAGGAGGUCAAUGGGUUGCUUAACGAGAUGGACGAGAGGAAGGUGCAGGCUGACCAUGUGACGUGCAACACUCUGAUCAACUCAUACUCCAAGAAGGGGGACAUGGUGUCGGCAUGCAAGGUCAAGAGGAGGAUGGUGGACUCGGGCUUGAAGUUGGAUCAGUUCACUUACAAAGCUCUCAUCCAUGGAUUCUGCAAGGGCAAGCAGCUAGAUGAAGCCAAAGAGGCCUUGUUUGAGAUGAUGGGUGCAGGAUUUUCACCCAAUUAUAGUGUAUUUUCUUGGCUCGUCGAUGCUUUCCACAAGAAGAAUAACGCAGAUGCAGUGCUACUGGUUCCUGAUGAACUUGUGCAAAGAGGCCUUCCACCAGAUAAAUCAGUAUAUAGGUCUCUGAUCCGAAGACUCUGCAAGAAGGGGCAGGUUGAUCUUGCACAAAAGGCACUUCACCAAAUGAAAGGCAAAGGUUUAGAAGCCGACUGUCUUGUGUAUGCUACACUUGCAUACGCACAGCUGGCUGCAGGAAAGCUUGCUGCUGCUUGGGAUACGUUGAACGAAAUGGCAAAGAAGCAGAUGUCGGUGACACCCCAGAUCUACAACUGCAUGUGUACUUCUUUUGGGGAUGAGAAGGAGACACUGAACAUGUUCUGGGUUCACGCCAUCGAGAGAGGCCUGAUUGGGAAGAAUGUGUACAAAUUGAUGCACCAAGAAAGGCUGAAAUCGUCCAAGACUCCAGUUGAGAACGAGGGGCAUCCUCCUGUUUCAAGGCAGAGCUUGUCAGCGCCUGCAAAGUGAGAGCUGGGGGGGCUUAUGUCCCUGUGGCAGUUUCAUGCACCAUCAGGCAUAUGGUCUCUUCCUGAAUCUUCCAUCCUACAAAGGUGGAAUACACUCUGGUAUUCUGUUUAUUGGCGUCAGAUCUUGCUGGUGCUGAAGGUUGCGAGCACAUGCUCCUGGCAUUUCCAUGCCCAACAGGACUACAGGAGUAGGAGUAUAUCCAAUGUAUGGGAGGAAUAGGCUAGUUCAGGUGGGGAAAACACCUUGUUGUGGAAGGCAGAUAGGAGGAUGACAGCGUUCGAUAGUGCGGUUUCUCCCGGGGAUACACAGAGCGUAAAUAGCUUGAACUUUAAAGUAGAGUGUGUUUACUGAGUUGUGUAUCUACAUUCUGAACUCAACAACAGAGCGAA